AUGGCUGCGUCCAUGGCGCGGCGCUUGUGGCCUUUGCUGACUCGUCGGGGGCUCCGGCCCCGGGGAGGCUGCAUCUCCAACGAUAGUCCAAGGAGAAGUUUCGCUACAGAGAAACGAAACCGGAACCUCCUGUACGAGUAUGCGCGCGAGGGCUACAGCGCACUCCCUCAGCUGGACAUAGAGCGGUUCUGCGCAUGCCCAGAAGAGGCCGCACACGCCCUGGAGCUCCGCAAGGGGGAGCUGCGCUCGGCAGACCUGCCCGCGAUCAUCUCGACAUGGCAGGAGCUGAGGCAGCUGCAGGAGCAGAUCCGGAGCCUGGAGGAAGAGAAGGCAGCUGUGACUGAGGCAGUGCGGGCCCUGCUGGCAAACCAGGACAGUGGUGAAGUGCAGCAGGACCCCAAGUACCAGGGUCUGCGGGCACGUGGCCGGGAGAUCCGGAAGGAGCUUGUUCACCUGUACCCCAGGGAGGCCCAGCUUGAGGAGCAGUUCUACCUGCAGGCACUGAAGCUGCCCAACCAGACCCACCCAGACGUGCCCGUCGGGGAUGAGAGCCAGGCUCGAGUGCUCCACGUGGUCGGAGACAAGCCAGUUUUCUCCUUCCAACCUCGGGGCCACCUGGAAAUUGGCGAGAAACUCGACAUCAUCCGUCAGAAGCGCCUGUCCCACGUGUCUGGCCACCGCUCCUAUUAUCUGCGCGGGGCUGGAGCCCUCCUGCAGCACGGCCUGGUCAACUUCACAUUCAACAAGCUUCUCCGCCGGGGCUUCACCCCCAUGAUGGUGCCAGACCUUCUCCGCGGAGCAGUGUUUGAAGGCUGUGGGAUGACACCAAAUGCCAACCCAUCCCAAAUUUACAACAUCGACCCUGCCCGCUUCAAAGAUCUCAACCUGGCUGGAACAGCGGAGGUGGGGCUUGCAGGCUACUUCAUGGACCACACCGUGGCCUUCAGGGACCUGCCAGUCAGGAUGGUUUGCUCCAGCACCUGCUACCGGGCAGAGACAAACACGGGACAGGAACCCCGGGGGCUGUAUCGAGUACACCACUUCACCAAGGUGGAGAUGUUUGGGGUGACAGGCCCUGGGCUGGAGCAGAGCUCACAGCUGCUGGAGGAGUUCCUGUCCCUUCAGAUGGAGAUCUUGACAGAGCUGGGCUUGCACUUCCGGGUCCUGGAUAUGCCCACCCAGGAACUGGGCCUCCCCGCCUACCGCAAGUUUGACAUUGAGGCCUGGAUGCCAGGCCGAGGCCGCUUUGGAGAGGUCACCAGUGCUUCCAACUGCACAGACUUCCAGAGCCGCCGCCUCCACAUCAUGUUCCAGACCGAGGCUGGGGAGCUGCAGUUUGCCCACACGGUGAACGCCACCGCCUGUGCUGUCCCCCGCCUUCUCAUCGCGCUCCUGGAGAGUAACCAGCAAAAGGACGGCUCAGUGCUCGUGCCCCCUGCCCUCCAGUCCUACCUCGGCACUGAUCGGAUCACAGCCCCUACCCACGUGCCUCUCCGGUACAUCGGCCCCAACCAGCCCCGGAAGCCUGGGCUGCCUGGCCAGCCUGCUAGUAAAAGGGUAAAGUGGUCAUCGAGGCCCCUGAGACCCCACCUGAGCUGCUCCACCUUCCUCUUCGGCCCAUCUUUCUGUCUUGCUUGGUCCACCCGACCCGCCUUGACGUUGAAACUCUCCAAACUCCUUCCUGACUCGUGCAUUUACAUUGAAAAAGACCUACUCUCUGGAUGAGAAAACAGGCCCAGGAAGGGAAGGAGUUGCCUGGGGACCAUCUGUGAGUGGCUGCUUCUGGGUUC